GCCAAGAGCUUGGGGUUCUGGCGCCUCCCAGACGAGAGCUUGGGAAGUCUUGUGGAUCAACUGCUGGGGGCUAAACCUGGACCAAGUUACGCCUUGCAGCAGUGGGCUGCAGAGUGGACGGACACGACGGUGGCCAGAAAUGGAAAGUCUGAUAACUCACUCGCAGCCAGGCUGAACAGCAAGGAUAUCGCUGUGUCCGUAGAAACUCAUCGUUUCGCCCCUGAAGUUGACAUGGACGUUGACAUGUCAAGCGCACCACGAAGCUUCCAAAAGCCUCACUCCAUCGUCCCGGAUUGGCGUGGCCAUUUUGUGAGCCCCAACUAUUUCCGAUGCUGGAACAUUGGUAUCCACUUUGUCGUUUUCGGUCUUUCUGCGGCCUAUGCGUCGGACCUCGUCAUCGACAAGUAUCCGGAUGCCGUCAAGCUUUUCAGUUGGCCGAUCUGGUUUGCGCGCUUGGGUGGAAUGGCCACUUCCAUUUGGUCA